AUUCUUUUAAAGAAUUAAAGCACACUCACUUAAAAACAAGUAGUAUAGCGUCCACAUCUACAUUUGUAGCAGCUUUUUAUUGUCCAAUUAAUAUUUACCUUUUUUUUUUUGCUUUGUUUUUACAACAUUAUAGUCGAGUGGAACUAUAGUUUGAAGACGCUUGGCGAACACGGAAGGAAUAAACCGCGUACCAACGUGUUUACCCAUUUACCUUCUUGACCCCAGGCAUAAAUUUGGUUAAAAGUAUGAAGUGUUCGACCUGAAACAGAGAUGUUCUCUGUGAUAUUUAGAAGAAGCACCUUUGCAGCCCAGAAGGUGUGCCAUUGGGCAGGCACUCCACAAAGAUGCUGGACGUCAGCUCCUGGUGGUGGAUCCAGCUCCCUGCAGACCUGCUGGGCUUCAACAGCAGGACUGCCAUUUUCAGAAAAGGACGACGGACGAGUAAAACCUCCUGCUGUCCUCGGUGUCAGGAGGAUUGAGCUCUUCCAGAAAACCCAAGCCUCUCCUUUUUUAGUGAGGAACCAACAAUUCCACUCUUCUGCUGCACGGCUGAAGAAGCGAGUAAAGAUUGAAGCACCGAGGGAGCUGGAUCUGCUGCGCUACGACAUGAAGUACUUGUUUACAGGUCCCAAACCUGCCCUGUAUCUGGGGUUUGCAGGGCUGAUCCCUUUUGCCGUCCCCACUCUGCUCAUGGCUAUGACCGAGAUCUACUUCUCAGAUUUGGCCUACGCUCAGUUAGCUUACGGCGCCUCCAUCGUUUCCUUCCUGGGCGGAGCUCGCUGGGGGUUCGCUCUUCCUGAGAGCAGCCCGGCCAAACCUGACUGGAUCAACCUGGGCAACAGUGUGGUUCCCUCCCUGUUCGCCUGGGUGUGCAUGCUGAUGAGUGAAAUUCAUACUGCAGGCACCAUGGUGAUCAUAUCACUCGGGGUCGCGCUACAUUAUGACCUGUCUCUGCUGCCCACUUACCCCAGCUGGUUGAAAGCUCUGCGCGCCGUCCUGACCAUCGUGGCAUUUUUUUCUCUUCUUGGUACCCUCAUAAUCAAAGAAGUAUACCCAGAAAAGAAGCUUUUCUCAGGUUAAAUAGUAUAAAAUAAUGAAUAUUGGAGUUUUCUCCCCCUCUUCUGUUCCAACAGCCAUGUCUGCUCAUGAUCUGUGUGUUGUUUUUUAUAGAUCAUGCCAAAACUUGGCCUUGAUCUAUAAAAUGAGUAUAUUGUAACUCUGUAAAAGUAUAACAGAAUAGAAAGUAACAACUAAUGUGCAUCUCUCAUAAGCAGGAUGCAAUGAAAGGAUAAUCUUGUUUCCACAGAAGGACAUACAGGUGCAUCUCAGUAAAUUAGAAUAUUGUGGAAAAGCCCAUUUCUAGUUGAAGUCAAAUGGCCCCAACCAAGUAUUGAGUGCAUAUAGAUGGACAUACUUUUCAGAGGCCAACAUUUCCAUAUUAAACAUACUUUUUUAAAUUGAUCUUUCGUAAAAUUCAAAUUUUUUGAGACACUGAAUUUGAGGUCUUCAUUAAAUGUAAGCCAUAAUCGUUAUAAUGAGAGGAAAUUAGACAUGAAGUGUUUCAUUCUGUGUAUCAUGGAUCUAUAGAAUGUGUUAUUUCCACUUUUUGAAUUUAAUUACUGACAAAUAAACGUGUCUAUGAUAUUCUAAUUCAUUGAGAUUCACCUGUAUGAUCUGUUUCCUCAUCAGGCCCUGUGAAAAGAUUUUGCAUGGAAGUUGUAUUGUGCCAGCUUUCAAGUUUUUUCUCAGUCAUUUUCAAAGCUAACACUAGGAGUCGCCAAAAUAUAAAAAAAAAAAAAAACUAAGCAAAAUAGACAGAAAAUGUGGUUUGAGCAAAAAAAAUGUUUUUGCUCAAUGUCAAA